CCAAAUCUGCCGGACCAAAGAUGGCGGCGGAGUGAUCCGGAAGUGCUGCCGCCGCCCGGCUUCUGUGGCGCUGAGACCAUGGCGCGGGUUCUGCCUAUGUUGCUGGUGCCGGUCCCCGCUGAGGCCACGGGGCGUCUGGGGAGCCGGGCGCAGCUGCACCGAGAGCAGGAGGUUCUGGGGAGCCUGACCGCCGCGGGCCGCCUCCAAGUGCUUUCCUUGGUGCCGGGCGGCCGGGGCGGGGGUGGCUGCUCCCUCGACGGCCCCUUUCGGCAGUUUGUGUGGGAGGAUUCUCAUAACAGCAGCACACCAACAGACAAGCCCAGACUGCUCGCUCUUAGUGAAAAUUAUGAUUUGCUCAUCUAUGAAUUUAAUUUGAAAGGUGGAAGAUGUGAUGGAACCAUUUUGUAUAACUGUAGUGAGGAGAUGUUGCAAAAGCUUAUUGAAGAUCAAAAUGUCAGUAUUUCCUUAUUAUCUUUGAGAAUUCUGUCAUUCCACAAUAACACAUCAUUAUUGUUCAUCAACAAAUGUAUCAUCCUACACAUCAUGUUUCCUGAAAGAGAUGCUGAGAUUAGAGUACUCAACUAUUUCACAUUACCCUUGCCUAUACAGGCUGUGGACAGUAUUAUUGACAUGCAACUCUGCAGAGGAAUUCUUUUUGUUUUGAGUGCUUUAGGCUGGAUCUACAUUUUCGACAUUGUGGGUGGUACACAUGUAGCUCACGUGGAUUUAGCACUUCACCAAGAAGAUAUAUGUGAUGAGCAGCAACAGGAGCCAGCCAAGAUUUCUUCCUUUACUUCUCUGAAAGUGUCUCAAGACCUAGAUGUUGUUGUGAUUGUCAGCUCCUCCAACUCGGCAAUUGCUCUUAACUUAAACUUGUAUUUCAGGCAACACCCAGGACACCUAUUUUGUGAAAAAACUCUAGAAGAUAUUCCUAUUGAAGGUGCUAAGGGGAUAGACGAAGAUGAUCCUGUGAAUUCUGACUACAACAUGAAACUGACCAAGUUUUCCUUCCAAGUUGAUAGGUCGUGGAAAGCCCAGCUAUUGUCAUUGAAUGAAACAAUAAAGAGCUCUACAAUGGAGGUUUCCCACUGUGCUCCAUGGUUCCAGGAUAUUUUGCAUUUGGAGUCUAAUAACCAUUGUACCAGUGUGCCAGGUUGGGCCUUCAUUCCACAGGACAUAAUGCACAGUCAGUAUAGUUUUCCACAGAAAGGUCAUGCCAAGACCAAUGAUCCAGGAAGAGCAUGGAAAAUAAUGCACAUCAGUGAACAAGAGGAACCCAUCGAGCUUAGAUGUUUGUCUGUGACAGGAUUCACUGCCCUGUUUGCCUGGACAGUAGGAAAGAUGGGCUGUACCAUUGUCCUUUGGGAUUUGGAGAUCGAGGGCAUACAGUGCUUUUCCCUUGGCAAAAGGUGUAUUCCUAUAGAUAAUAGUGGAGACCAGCAACUGUGCCUUGUUUUGACAGAGAAUGGACUCUCUCUGAUUUUGUUUGGUUUGACCCAAGAGGAGUUUUUAAAUAGACUAAUGAUCCAUGGAAGUGCCAGCACUGUGGACACUCUCUGCCAUCUCAAUGAUUGGGGCAGGUGCUCAAUCCCUAUACAUGCACUAGAGGCUGGAAUAGAAAAUCGUCAGCUGGACACCGUAGAAUUCUUUCUGAAGAGCAAGGAAAAUCUUUUGAAUCCAUCCCCAAAAUCUUCUGUACCCGAUCAGUUUGAUCACUUUCCAUCACAAUUAUAUUUAAGAAAUGUGGAAGAGCUGACACCAGCAUUGGAUUUACUCUGCACAGCAAUUAGAGAAAGUAAUUCUGAAACCCAAAGCAAAAACUUUUCAGAACAAUUACUUAAUCUUACACUGUCCUUCCUUAACAAGCAAAUAAAAGAGCUCUUUACUCACAGUGAAGAGUUAGAUGAACAUCUACAGAAAGGAGUGGACAUUUUGACCAGCUACAUUAAUGAACUUAGGACCUUCAUGAUAAAGUUUCCUUGGAAGCUAACAGAUGCUGUAGAUGAAUAUGAUGUAAAGGAAAAUGUCCCCAAAGUACAGGAGAGCACUAUAUGGGAGAAACUCAGCAUUGAGGAAGUUAUUGCCAAUGCCAUUUUAAACAACAAAAUACCAGAGGCACAAACUUUCUUCAGGAUUAAUAGUCACUCUGCUCAAAGACUUGAAGAGCUGAUUAAAAUAGGCCUCGAUUUGGUCUUUGACAAUUUGAAAAAGAACAAUAUAAAGGAAGCCUCUGAACUUCUAAAGAAUAUGGGCUUUGAUGUAAAAGACCAGUUGCUCAAGAUAUGCUUCUAUACAACUGAUAAAAAUAUACGGGACUUUUUGGUUGAAAUUUUAAAAGAAAAAAAUUCUUUUUCUGAAAAAGAGAAAAGAACUAUAGACUUCGUACAUCAUGUUGAGAAGUUAUAUUCAGAACAUUUGCAAGAAAAUAUGCAGAUCCAGUCCUUUCCCAGGUAUUGGAUAAAGGAACAAGAUUUUUUCAAGCACAAGUCUGUUUUGGACUCAUUCCUGAAAUAUGAUCUUAAAGAUAAAUUUAAUAAACACAGAAUUGCAUUAAACUGGGCUCAGUGGUGGAAUCAACUAACACAAGAAUCUAUCCUUCUUCCUAGGAUAAAUCCAGAAGACUAUAAAUUAUAUUCACCCGAAGCACUCUGGAGAUACCUCACAGCUCGCCAUGAUUGGCUAGGCAUUAUCUCGUGGAUUGGAGAAUUUCAGACCCAGAAUAGUUAUUCUUCACUUCAGCAGAACAAAUGGCCUCCUUUGACUAUUGAUAUUAUUGAUCAGAAUACUUGCUGCAACAACAACAUGAGGAAUAAAAUUUUAGAUGAUCUGGCCAGGAAUGGGAUUUUUCUUUUAUCUGAACUGGAAGACUUUGAACUCUUCCUCCUAAGACUGAGCCGUAUUGGGGGUGUGAUGCAAGAUACCCUCCCUGUUCAAAACUACAGGUCCAAAGAAGGUUGGGAUUUCCAUUCUCACUUCAUUCAUUAUUGUUUGGAACACGGUCUGCAGUAUCUUCUUUAUGUCUAUCUUGACUGUUACAAGCUUAGUCCUCCAAAUUGUUCCUUUUUGAGGAAGAAAAAAUUACAUGAAACUCACCCUUGGUUUGAAUUUUUAGUUCAAUGUCGAGAAGUUUCUAGUAACUUAACAGAUCCUAAACUGAUCUUCCAGGCCAGCCUUGCAAAUGCUCAAAUACUGAUUCCCAGUUACCAGGCCAGUGUAAGCAGUAUGCUGUUGGAAGGACAUACCCUCCUGGCCCUUGCUACCACAAUGUAUGCUCCUGGUGGUGUCAGCCAGGUUGUUCAGAAUGAAGAAAAUGAGAACUGUUUGAAAAAAGUAGAUCCCCAGUUACUGAAGAUGGCAUUAACUCCUUAUCCCAAGCUAAAAACUGCUCUCUUCCCACAGUACACUGCCCCUAGUGUCCUACCACCAGAUAUUACACUCUACCACCUUAUUCAGUCAUUAUUGCCCUUUGAUCCUAGCAGAUUGUUUGGCUGGCAGCCUGCCAACACACUGGCUAUAGGAGAUGUAUCGAGUCAUCUCCCACAUUUCUCUAGCCCUGAUCUGGUUAAUAAAUAUGCUAUAGUGGAACGUCUGAAUUUUGCUUAUUAUUUAUAUCAUGGACGGCCUUCAUUUGCAUUUGGUACUUUUCUGGUCCAGGAAUUAAUUAAGAGCAAGACACCCAAGCAGCUGAUCCAGCAAGUAGGCAGUGAAGCCUAUGUUUUAGGCCUCUCUUCCUUCCACAUCCCUUCAAUAGGAGCUGCCUGUGUUUGUUUCUUAGAAUUGCUUGGGCUCGACAGCCUCAGGCUCAGAGUUGACAUGAAAGUGGCCAAUACAAUUCUGAGCCACAGGUGUGCAAAUGAAGAUGCUCGGGUCAGCUUUAUCAGAGAGUCUCUAGCUGAAAAACUGUCUAAACUGGCUGGGGGUGAAAAGGCAGCCACAGAAGAAUUGCUUGUUCUCUUAGAGGAAGCCAUAUGGAACAGUAUUCAACAGCAGGAAAUAAAGAGGUUAUACAGCGAAUCUAGCAUCCAGUGGGUAUUAGUGGUACAGUUCUGCAGGCUCCACAAUAUAAAACUGAGCACGUCUUACCUUAGAGAAUGUGCCAAAGCAAAUGAUUGGUUACAGUUCAUUAUUCACAGCCAGCUCCAUAAUUACCACCCAGAUGAGGUGAAAUCUCUUCUCCAAUAUUUCAGCCCUGUCCUUCAAGACCACUUAAGGCUAGCUUUUGAGAACUUGCCCUUACUGUCCAACUCCAGAAAGGAUAGUGAUCAAGUCUGCAACAGGUCCUCCCAGGACCUCCAGAAGAGCAAAGAAGAGAGAACUGAUUUCUUUGAAAUUCUGCUCCGGUGCUCAGAGGAGCCACACUCCUGGUGCUGGCUCCUGGCUGAAGCAGUAAAACAACAGGCCCCUAUUCUAAGUGUUCUAGCCUCAUGUCUGCAGGAUGCCAGUGCUAUUUCUUGUCUCUGUGUUUGGACCAUCGCUUCUGUGGAGGACAGUAUUGCAGCUGAAGCAAUGGGACACAUUCAGGAUUCAUUGGAGGGCCAUCCAUGGGACCUUGAGGACCUCUCAGUCAUCUGGAGGACAUUAUUAACAAGGCAGAAGAGCAACACUCUCAUCAGAGGUUUCCAGCUUUUCUUUAAGGAUUCCCCAUUACUACUGAUGUUGGAGAUGUAUGAACUCUGUAUGUUCUUCAAGAAUUAUAAGAAAGCCCAUGCUAAACUUCUGGAGUUCCAGAAGAGCCUUGAAACUCUUGAAACAGCAGCCAUAAAGGACCACGCUGUCAUCCCUGCCCCAUGGCUGAAGGAGCAGGUGUGUUUUCUUUUGAAGCUUAUGCUGCAGCAGUGCAGGACCCAGUUUGAGCUGGGAAAGCUUUUACAGCUGUUCGUUGGGAUAGAACAUCUCUUCUCUGAGGGUCCAGAUGUAAAGAAGCUGUAUAUUCUUAGCCAAAUUUUGAAGGAUACAUCCAUAGCCAUCAAUAAUGUGGUUAUUACCAGCUAUAGCCUUCAGAAUUUUCAGCAUGAAUGUAAAUCUAUUUUGGAAAAACUGGAGACAAAUGGACAGUUUUCUUUGGCUAAGAGGGUAGCAGAAUUAGCUGAGUUACCUGUGGACAACUUGGUAAUUGAAGAGGUAACACAGGAAAUGCAGACCUUAAAACACAUUGACCAGUGGUCCCUGAAACAAACAAGAAUUGACUUCUGGAAAAAAUGCCAUGAGAAUUUUAAGAAAAAUUUUAUUUCAAGCAAAGCAGCUUCUUCCUUUUUCUCAGCCCAGGCCCUUGUGGUGUGUGAGUACCCUACUGAGGAGGGACAGAGCAGCACUGAGGAGUGCCAUCUGCUGCUAACCCUGGCAGGGCAUUGGCUUGCUCAGGACGACCUGGUCCCUGUGGAGAACCUGGAGGAGCUGGAGAAGCAGAUCUGGCUCUGCCGUAUCACCCAGCACACCCUCAGAGGAAAUCAGGAGGAAGUAGAGCCCAGAUUUUCUCAACAGAUCUCAACUAGUGGUGAACUCUCCUUUGACAGCUUAGCCAGUGAGUUUUCAUUCUCCAAGUUGGCUGCUCUGAACACAUCAAAAUAUUUAGAACUUAAUGGCCUUCCAUCCAAAGAGACUUGUGAGAACAGACUAGAUUGGAAGGAGCAGGAGUCACUGAACUUUUUGAUUGGGCGCCUGUUGGAUGAUGGCUGUGUGCAUGAGGCGAGUAGAGUAUGCCGGCACUUUCACUUCUACAACCAAGAUGUUGCCUUGGUACUGCACUGCAGAGCACUGGCUUCAGGGGAAGCCAGUGUGGAUGACCUGCAUCCAGAGAUCCAGGCUCUCCUACAAAGUGCUGAGCUGCUGGAGGAAGAAAAAGAACCUCGCAUUCCUCUAAGGAAGGUCUCAAGCACUUCAAGUUUGGAUAGUCAGUCAUUUGUGAUGCUGCCAACCAGUGAUGAAAUGGUGACUAAUCUGGAAAUUCUGACACACAAAUGCCUCCAUGGGAAGAACUACUGCCGACGGAUCCUCUGUCUGUAUGAACUUUCCAAGGAGUUGGGCUGUUCCUACACAGAUGUUGCUGCCCAGGAUGGUGAGGCCGUACUCCGAGCAAUCUUGGCCUCUCCGCAGUCUGACCGAUGCAAGCGAGCCCAAGCCUUCAUUAGCACUCAGGGCCUGGAGCCUGACAGGGUGGCUGACCUUGUGGCCGAAGAGGUGACCCGGGAGCUACUGUCCCCAUCGGAGGGAGCAGGACAGAAGCAGAUGGUCACCCCAGCAGAAGAAAGCCAGGCAUUUCUUCAGCUGACCACCCUGUGUCAGGACCGCACCUUGGUAGGCAUGAAGCUGUUGGAAAAGAUUCCCUCCGUUCCCCGUGGGGAAUUGUCUUGCACCACAGAGCUGCUGAUUCUGGCCCAUCACUGCUUCACGCUGACAUGCCACAUGGAGGGCAUCAUCCGAGUUCUGCAGGCUGCUCGGCUGCUCACAGACAACCACUUGGCCCCCAACGAGGAGUAUGGGCUGGUGGUGCGUCUCCUCACUGGCAUUGGAAGGUACAAUGAGAUGACAUACAUAUUUGAAUUGCUGCAUAAAAAACACUACUUCGAAGUGCUGAUGAGGAAGAAGUUGGAUCCAAGCGGUACCCUGAAGACAGCCCUCCUUGACUACAUCAAACGCUGCCGCCCUGGGGACAGUGAGAAACACAACAUGAUUGCUCUGUGCUUCAGCAUGUGCAGGGAGAUCGGCGAGAACCACGAGGCAGCUGCCUGCAUCCAGCUGAAACUGAUCGAGUCUCAGCCCUGGGAGGACAGCAUCAAGGAUGGGCACCACCUGAAGCAGCUGCUGCUAAAGGCCCUGACUCUGAUGCUGGAUGCCGCUGAGAGUUAUGCGAAGGAUUCCUGCGUGCGUCAGGCCCUGCACUGUCACAGGAUCACCAAGUUGCUAACACUGCAGAUUCACUUUCUGAACACUGGCCAAAACACAAUGCUUAUCAACCUAGGUCACCACAGGCUGAUGGACUGCAUCAUGUCCCUACCUCGGUUCUACCAGGCUUCUAUUGUGGCUGAGGCCUAUGACUUUGUUCCUGAUUGGGCUGAAAUUCUAUACCAACAUGUGAUUCUUAAAGGAGACUUUCAUUACCUGGAAGAAUUUAAGCAGCAAAGGUUAUUAAGAACCAGUAUAUUUGAAGAGAUUUCAAAAAAAUGUAAACACCACCAGCCAACUGAUACGGCUGUGAAAAACCUGAAGAAGUUUCUCACAUAUUGUGAAGAUAUCUACUUGUAUUACAAGCUGGCAUAUGAACACAAACUUUAUGAUGUUGUGAAUAUGCUUCUGAAGGACCCUCAGACAGGCUGCUGUCUAAAGGACAUGCUAGCAGGUUAGAUGGAUUCUGAUACAGGUGCCUGUUUUCUUACACGAAAAUGAGGUACUGUCAGAUGUUUGUGAUUACAGUAUAAUGCAUUGGGAGCUUUGUUGUCUAAAUUAUAAAACCCAGAACUGAUCAUACCAGUCCUUUGUGGGUCAAGAAUGAGUUUUUACAAGGAAAUUCCAAUUUUAUAAAAGUGAUGUUCCUCUGUACCAUUUUAUAUAGAUAUGGUUAUUAAGUUCAAAAUUCCCAUCUUCCUCAAGAUGGCUUUUACUUUAGGACAUGAUAUAAUAUUGAUUAAAGAAUACCUUUGCCUGCAGAUUCCAGUUUCAAAGGAAUUUAAUAUUAUUUACACAGUUAAGGAACAGAUGAUACAUUUCCAUUAGUUAGAAACUGAUCUCUAUAAUAAAAUAGAUUUAAAAUUCAGUGCAUGUCAUCAUUAACUGCUAAGGAAAUCUUAGCCCUUGUCUGCCUUAAAACAAUUUUUAUUGGCUGUAAUUAUUGCUGUGUAGUCACUGUUUUUUGUUAAUUUCUCAAAUCACUUGGAUGGUCCAUCUUCUAUUUAUUGUUCUACAGAGUUUUGAUUGAGACCACCUCCCUUGUAUGUAAAAGAAAUUAAAAACAUUUUUUGUUCUGUCCCUACCUACUUUUGAGUCUGACAGUUUUAAAAAUUU